AUGGCGAGGCUUGACACGCUGUCGGUCACUGCGGCGAAGGACAGGCUCGGCCUGGGAGUGUUGUGGCGAACCAAAGGAAGGCAAGCUGGGGGAAGUAGGCGAUGGGGCCAAACUGGCCGGACGAGGAGAGUGGGUCCUCAAGGGCUGAUUCGCGGAGGGCGGAGAAGUGGGAGACCCAGGAGAAACGAGCUCAACCGGGACAAGCCGAACAUGAGAUGA